UUUCUUGACUCCCUUCUUUAUGAAUAUCCGAUCUCUGCUCCGUUUUCGAGGGGCAUACAAUUCUGGACCUUGUGUGUGAGAGAGAAAUUGUAAACUGGACACGAACCUGACAUUAAACCUCAUCCCUCAUAUUUAAAUCUAAUCUUUGUGCUGUGUUUCUGAGUAUGUGAGGAAAUUUCUCAUCCCUGCCCAAACCUGGGGGGGGGGGGGGCUUUUCUGACCGACCAACAGUUCGGUCUGCAUCUUUUUCUGAGAAAUGCAAUUCCUAUCGCCACGAGGAUUGUUUGUGUCUCCAAGUGUGAAAAUAUUACUCAGCUCGGUCUAUAGAGGGAGGUGUGCCUCUGUGCUCUGGUAGUUAACUCCCACAAAAGAGGAAAUACCCAGCCAUCAGUGCUUCAUGCUAUCAGCUCCCUUCCUGUAUCCACGAAAGGGGAGGGAAUUGUGAGAGUCCACGGGGACAUUGUGGACACCCCACCCUGAUGGCCGUGUAGUGGGAGGAUCGAGACUGAAGGUGCAACCACAGAGAUGGCCCUCAGCAAACCCGUCUUCAGCCUGAUGGAGGAUCUGACCUGCUCCAUCUGCCUGUCCCUGUUUGUGGAGCCGGUGCGGCUGGACUGCGAGCACAACUUCUGCAAGUCCUGCAUCCAGAGGUGCUGGGGGAAGCAGCGCAAAGGGGUGUCCUGCCCGGAGUGUCGCGCUGUUUGCCCCAGCAGAGGCUACGCCAGCAACAGGGUGUUGGCCAAUCUCUGUGAGAAAGCCCGGCAGCUGGAGCUGAACCCGGGGCUGCAGCAGGAAGGGGGUUCCCGCUGUCUGGAACACGAUGAGAAGCUGAAGCUGUUCUGUCAGGACGACCAGGCUCUGAUCUGUGUCAUUUGUCGAGAUUCACCGGCACACUCAGGCCACAGCUUCCUGCCUGUCACUGAUGCAGUGAGAAAGUACAAGGAUCAGUUGAAAGCAUCUUUGGAUUCCAUGGAGAAUGAAAAGGAAAGUAAAAGUGAAUUAAAGCGACAACUGCAGAGAGAGAUUUCCGAACUGCAUCAACUCACCGGAUGCCUGGAGAAGGACAUCUCUGCACAGUUUUUCAAAAUCCAUCAAUAUCUCGAAGACAAAGAGAAAUAUUUAAUCGAAGAGCUGAGGCAAAAGAAGGAGGAAGAUCUGCGACCAAUGGAGAAGAGCCUGAAAAGAAUCGAAGAGGAACUAACUUCGCUUGAGGAGGGGAUAUCGAACCUUUGUGUAGACAUCAAACAGCAAGACAAUAUCUCCUUUCUCAAGGAAGCAAAGAGAUUGGGAGAAAGAUAUCUGUCCAGCAAGGAGGACAGAGAAGAUGCAGAGAGCAGUGAAGCUGAAGAAGAUAACCAUAAAAGCCAGGAUUCUGAGGAUGAUGAAGGAGAAGGAAGUGAACGCUCAGCAGAAGAAGAAAAAGAGACGCCUCUAUAUUCAAGAAGGAAAUACACAGGAUUCCGAGGCCCGUUGCUCUACACAGUGUGGAAGCAAAUGAAACAGAUCAUCUCUCCGGCCCCAGCCUCACUGACCCUGGACCCAAACACAGCGCACCGUAAUCUCAUCCUGUCUGAGGACCUGACCAGUGUGAGACACAGUGACAGGGAAUUACAGCUUCCUGACAACCCGGAGAGAUUUGACAGGGCCCCAUGUGUUCUGGGGUCACAGGGAUUCACAUCAGGGGAACACUACUGGGAGGUGGAGGUGGGGAAGAAGGCUGAGUGGGACGUGGGUGUGACUAAAGAGUCUGCAAAUAGGAAGGGAAAGAUAACACUGGGACCUAGGAGUGGGUACUGGGCAGUAUGGCUAAUAAAUGGGGAUGAAUAUGAAGCCACUGAAAGCUCACUAGUCACCCUGACUCCAAGUGUGAAACCCAGGAGCAUUGGAGUUUACCUGGACUAUGAGGGCGGACUGGUGACCUUUUACAACGCUGAUGACAUGUCCGUUCUCUACACCUUCACUGACACAUUCACCGAGAAACUCUUCCCUUAUUUCUGUCCAGGAUUCUUCGAAGAGGGUAAAAAUGAUGCUCCUCUUCAACUGUGUCAUUUCAAAUAAUAGAUUCCUAAACUGGUGGCUCUGAGUAAUUUUCCCUCAUUGCUCUCCCCACACACAAUGAGAGAGAAAGGAUUGGCGGAUGGAGGGGAGGACAUAAAAUGAAAUGUGACCUCAGCCCUCAGUGUAUGUCAGACAUAUGUCUGGUGGUGAUUUAUGGGUUUAUCUGUGUUUCUACCUUGUGGUACCUUAAAAACCUGAUUGAAACUCAGUGUAGUCUGCCAGGGUGUUAGGUGGGAAAACCAGGAGUCAGGUGGGAACAGUUGGAUCAGGCGGGAAGUGUUUUGCCUGUUCUGCUUUUCCUGCCAGGAGGUUCAGGAACUUAACCCAAGGAAUCAGCCUGCAUCUUCAGAAAGGGGAAUGAUUUUGGGAAUCCGAAUCUUUCUUUUGUGGUGUUUGAACAAUUGUAAGUCAUGCAUCACUUGUGGGUGUUGUUCAGUUCUGAUGUAAUAUUUUCCUAAUAUACAAUACAUUUUUUGACACAUGUAUGAAGA